UUGCCAUUUCACAGACUUCAUUUUUAACAAUAGUACACUUCAUUAAAAUGUCUGUGAUCUUUUAACCAUUAUCAUGCAAUAUUGUAUUUAUCUUGUUUAUCGAGGGUCACACAAUAUGCUGCCAGAUCUUAGCCUGAUUUGGGCCACAUAUCACUGGGCUGAUUUGGGCCAAACUCCUCCCACCAACAAUAGCCUUUUUUACCAAACGAUGCUGAUUUUUGAAAGCACCAAAACAAACACGCCCAUUCCCCGAAAGGACUUUGCCCCUAUUUAUCUAUUUGUAGUCCAUCUGCUAAUAUCAGUCUGUGCACUUAAAUUAAGCGCUCUCUUCUCGCUAUCCUUAGAAGACAUGCCCCUUACUUCUGAUUGGCUACAAGUGUGUUUUGGGACUCGGCCUGACACUGUAGUCAAAAGUGUUUAAGUCAAAUAUAAUCUAAUAUAGUAAUGUUAUGAUUCACAAAGAGCAAUAACACUUAAUGCCUCUGAUUUAAUUUUUAUUUUCUUCCACACACAGAAAUUCAUGUUCAGUGAAACUCCUCUGACAACAAUCUCACAUUCAUCAAUUCACCAAUAAAUGCAGGAAUAUUUCCAUCAGUUUACAAGAGAAGACGAGCCUCAAAUCAUCAAAAGGAGAUGGAAUCUGUAAAGACUGAGUUUAUUAAAGAGGAAAGAGAGGAGAUGAGACACACUGAAGAUACUGAAGAACAAACAGAGCUGAUUGAAGAUAAUGAGGAGAGAGAAGAAUUGAGUGAAUCUGAGAAGAAAAAUCAUGUCAGAUAUGGAGAAAAACCCCAACAGAAAGAUUUAAAGAAAAGGAAGAAGAAAUCUUUCCCCUGCAUUCAGUGUGGAAAGAGUUUCACAAGCAAAACUCUUCUCAAGCUACACAUGAGAGUUCAUACUGGAGAGAAACCGUUCACAUGUGAUCAAUGCGGGAAGAGUUUCUCACAAUCAUCAAACCUUAAGAUACACCUGAACAUCCACACUGGAAAGAAACCGUUCACAUGUGAUCAAUGCGGGAAGUGUUUCACAUACUCAUCAAAUCUUAUGACACACAUGAACAUCCACACUGGAAAGAAACUGUACACAUGUGAUAAAUGCGGGAAAACAUUUUUGUGGUCUUCAAACCUAACAAAACACCUGAAACUUCAUGCAAAGGAGAAACCACAUUCAUGUAAUUUGUGUGGAAAGAGUUUUCGAUUAAUACAAUAUUUGAAAGUGCAUCAGAAAAUACAUACUGGUGUGAGAGAGUACAUGUGCUUUGAGUGUGAAAAGACUUUUAUUUCAGCGAGCCAUUUAAAACUGCAUGAGAGGAUUCACACUGGAGAGAAACCUUACAAGUGUUCACAGUGUGACAGGAGAUUCAGUAUGUCAUCACAUCUGAAAAGACAUGGGAUGAUCCACACUGGAGAGAAACCUUACAAGUGUUCACACUGUGACGAGAGAUUCAGUGUGUCAUCAAAUCUAAAAACACAUGAGAGGAUCCACACUGGAGAGAAACCGUAUCUCUGCACUGAAUGUGGGAAGUGUUUCAAACAUUCAUCUUCUCUACACAGUCAUACAAAAAACAAACACAGUUAGUAGAUCAUCUUCAGAUCUGAUGCUGCUUCCUCACCAAAUGUGACACAAUAAUGGAUCAAGCAGUGAAAUAUCAUCUGGAUAAAUCUGUCAUUACCAGUGACAAGACAAAUAAACAUUAUCUGAAGUUUUCACAGUGAAUAAAGUUCAUCUUCAAAACCAGCAGAUUCAACUGAGAUUCAGAUCAACUCAAAGAUAAAG